GCCAACAGAUCAUCAUAACAAGUUUAUAGUAAAUAAGGGAAUGAGUUUCAUUUUAGGAUUUUUAAAUCAUCUAUAAUUUUGUCAAGAAACUGAAGAUAUUCUGUGUGUAGGUUUAUACGUCUUUUUAACUAUUUUUACUGACUCCAUCCUCAGGUACAUUUCUGCCCUCUUCAGACUCGUGCUUCACACACUUCACACACUCCUCACACACAUCUACACACACUCCUCACACACUCCUCACACACACCUACUCACUCCUCACACUCCUACACACUCCUCACACACAUCUACACACAUCUACACACUCCUCACACACUACUACACACUCCACACACUCCUAUACCGUGUGUCAGGAUGAAACUCCUCGCUCUGGUGCUCCUGCUCUCCGCUUUCUCCUCACUGACCCUGACGGAGGUUGUGAAAUCUUUCAGUGAAACAUGUCCUUUAUUAUUUAUCAAAGAUUCAGAAGAUAAAAUCGUCACUCCCACUGUUUUAAAAGGGGAUGAGUAUAAGCAGAUUUGUCAGCGCUGGAAAAACAUGUACAGAUUUGCAACACUUUAUGACACAAAGCAGAGGAUCCCUGUUUACUCAGCCUUCAUAUUCACUGAUCAAAACAACAAAAGAAAUGGAGAAUGGAAAAAUGAACCUCAGCUGGAAAACCUGAGCUACACUGCAGACAUGAAGGAGAUCACAGUUGCUGAGAUGGAUGAGUAUUAUAACCAGGCUGUGAACAGAGAUUAUACAGAGAGUCAGGCAGAUUCCACCUUCACCUUUACUAAUGUAGCACCACAAACACAACAUAGUAAUGGUGAAUGGGCAAAAGAAGUAGAGAUAAAGAUAAAGACUGACAUAAAGACCAAGUGCAAGCCAAAUGUUAACACUAAUGUAGUGACUGGAGUGAUUCCAGGGGAAAAUUGGAUCUCUAUCAAAAGAAAAAAUGAAACUAAAGGCAUUAACAUUCCCAAAUAUUUCUGGACUGCUUAUUGUUGCAUCAAUGGGAAGAAUGAACGAAUUUCAAAGGCCUACCUUUUCCUGAUAAAUGAACAAAACAAGAAAACAUAUGAAUUAACUGAGAUGAGUGUUGAUAGGAUGAACUAUCAUCUCAAAAAUUUCUAUAAUCAAGAUUUCACAAUUUUUGGGGAUUUGUGUUUGACUUAAUACACUAUAAGCUCCUCCCCUUUAAUUCUCCUGUUAGAAUUAAAACUGGUUCAUCCAAAUACUUCUUCAUUUCACAUUUAUAAUCAGCACUGAUUCUUUAAUACGCUUCAUUUGGCUUGCAGAAACACGUUUAUUAUGCUUUGAGGAUUAAAUGCUUCUUUAAUGAUAAGUAACUUUAAAACAAAGAUCAAAUACGAGGUGUGAGGAAUGAAACUGUGUGUGUGUGAUGCUGUUGUACUAAAUUAAUCAUCCAGAAGAGUUUCAUCCUUUUUGUCCACUUUUUAUCCGUUUUAUUCACUUAGUCACAUUUAAUAUUCUGAAAUAACCAUGAAAGCAGUUAUGUGACAGUCCCCUCAGUGUUUUCUGUGUUUGUGUCUAAAAAUCUCUUUAUUCUGUUAAUUAUCCUGCAGAUCUUUAAUAAAACUUCACUGUUUGCUG